ACUUUCUUCGUGUACUAACAUCUGAAGAACAAAAAAAACGACCAAGACUGAUUUUAUUUCGGUAACUAGGCUUCAUGGAGUUGAAACGCCAUUAAACAUCUCUUCAAUUCAGAUCUAACCCUCAAGAUCGUUGUAGAUGAACAAUUAAGAUCUUCAAUCAAGACUUCCUUAAAUGCAUUCUGUAAUGGCUCCGACGCGGAAUCUAAUCCGAGACGAAGAGCUCGGAACCAUAUCAGACGAAGACGACUCUCCAUCCGGAAAACGAUCCAAACUCGAUCGCUUCCCUCUAAGCCGAUGGGAACUCGCGGUAUCUCUCGGCGUCUUCCUCGUCUUCUCCUCUGGUCUCUUCUGCAUCUACAUCACCAUGCCCGCCGCAGAACUAGGCAAGCUCAAUCUCCCAAGAAGCAUCUCUGAUCUCCGCUUGCUCAAAGAUAACUUAGCGAACUAUGCUAAUGAGUAUCCGGCGCAGUUCGUUUUAGGGUACUGUGCCACCUACAUUUUCAUGCAGACGUUUAUGAUUCCAGGCACUAUCUUCAUGUCGCUUUUGGCUGGAGCUCUCUUUGGGGUUGUCAAAGGUGUUGUCUUGGUUGUUUUCAACGCAACUGCUGGAGCUACUUCUUGUUUCUUUCUCUCUAAGUUGAUUGGUCGGCCGUUGAUUACUUGGCUAUGGCCUGAAAAACUGAGAUUCUUUCAGGCUGAGAUUGGUAAGCGUAGAGAUAAGCUUCUGAACUAUAUGUUGUUUCUGAGGAUAACACCAACACUGCCAAAUCUGUUCAUCAAUUUGGCUUCUCCAAUAGUUGAUGUACCUUUUCAUGUCUUCUUUUUGGCGACGUUGGUGGGUCUCAUCCCUGCAGCUUAUAUAACCGUCAGGGCUGGCCUUGCUAUUGGAGAUCUCAAGUCGGUGAAGGAUCUGUAUGACUUCAAGACAUUGUCGGUGCUCUUCCUCAUCGGGUUCAUCUCCAUACUUCCAACAAUACUGAAAAGAAAGAAGAUAUACGAAUAACCAAGGAGAUGUGGAGAUCUCCACAACCUUCGGUAUCAUUAGCCUUAUAGUGGACAAGAAUACACUUUUAAACUGAUUAGAGGACACAACAGAACAAGAAUGAGUUCUGUUUAUUUUGGCACUUCGUUUAUAGCUUUAUUUUUGCUCUUACUCUGUUUACAUCGGAGAGUAGUAGGUAUUAAGGAUAUUAAA